CUCGAGUACCAGAAACGGAGUGUCUAGUCGCAAGCGCACCUGUACUCCGUAGGUAAGUAAAUCUAAAUCUACAUUAUCUGCUGCAUAUCAUAUCAUCUCUGCGGACUGUUCCUUUAACUUUAACCCCUGCUCCAGAUCCCCUACUGUAGCUAACUUAGAUACCCACUUCAGUUUUGUUGAUAACCACCAGCUCCUGCAUCCGAGUUUCACCUCUUUCACUUAUUUCCUCUCCUCUCCUCUCCUCUCCUCUCCUCUUCCUCAGUCUCCCAGCCUCCCAGCCCCUCUCCUUCUCCCUCUUCCUCCCCCUCCUCCCAUGUCAAGCAGGAAAUAAGACUUACGAUUGCGGACCUCGCCCUUAAUCCAACCUCUCCUCCGACCCAGCACGCAAGGACGGAGAGAGCGCUGUUUCGCUGAUAUUCUCCGCAUCCAACGCCACAGAAUCCACAGUGCACCGUACAGUACAGUACAGUACAGUACAGUACAGUAUUAUUGGGGUGGUCCCUGAAAUUGAGCUGGAAGACAACCUAAGCAAGCAAAAGUCCCACUCCACUCGCACUCCAAGUCUCCAACCCCACCCCACCCAGGCAAGGUCCGGUUGGUAAGGUAGUGGAGGUCCUGGUCCCGGUCCUGGUCCUGGUAUCUAUCCCCUGAAUCCGGAUGGCAGCUCGCUUCGAGAACGCCUGACUCUGGUCUACUGUUUUCCCCCGGUCACUACUACAGUACUACUGGCCCACCUCCUCCUCCUCCCCCCCUCGCUCAAUUCGCCUCGUCUGGUUUGGUCUGGUCUGGUCUGGUCUGGUCUGGUUACUCCCGUCGUUUGUUCACCCACCUGCACCUCACCUCCUGUGCUCUUUGUAAACCACUACAUACAAAAUUUUCUUUCACUCGACUGGAGUCUGACACGAGCUGCGCCGGGGGUUUUCAUAUCCUCUCACAUCAGCGGCAACUUUACCUUCCAUUGCUUUCAUCUUCUGCCAUUGCUCGCUCGCUCGCCUUUUCUCCGGACCUUCUGGCUGGGACAUAGCUGCUUCUGAGUGGACCGGCAUUCUGGGUAUGUUUCAUCUUUCUUACCUACCACAUCAAGCACUGCCCUCACAACAGCGGUAAAUGGGGACGGACACUGGAGGAGCAGACAAGAAGCAGUCGGACUCGCUGAACUCGAAUACUUCACGACCACGAGUUCACCAUGCGCAUUCCGUCGCACAAUCUGUCGUGAACACAGCGUGCAGUGCGACCCGUCGCAACGAGCCCACACAAGCCGAGUCCUCUCCAUCCCCCAUUGUACAUGCAUUGACGACAGCGGCGAUCCUGCAACACGGACUCCCCCUUCUCCCUCGCCCUGUUUCGUCGCUCUGCCUUUCCCGAUCUCCUUAGAGGCUAAUCAUAUCCAAUUGCACAGACUCGACCGGAGUUCAAUCUGAUCUCCAAUUAUUUUCCCAUCUAAACCAGCCUCCCACAACCAUCGCAUUAAUUCGGGAAGAUUUCUAUCGUCAGGACAAAUGAUUUCGACCUGUCGCUGAUACGAAUCAACGGAAAUUGGAUGAUAGCAGAGGAACGAAGGCUCUUUGUGCUGUGAAAUCGUCACGAUGGCCCCUGCCGAACUCUCAAUUCUUACCGACGCUUCCACCAGGUCGAGACGGUCACAAAGUAUUUCGAGUGACCGCCCAUCUCUUGGUGGCUUCGGCGGCUUGCUCUCACCUCCAUCAACCGUUUCGCCAGAUCCAGCUUUUAUUGCGGCAUCCGCAGCGUCCCAAAUUGUCACGAACGACCACGACAGCCAUGCCGAUACUUGGUUCGACCAACAUGGCAUUGAGCCUUCUGGAGAGACGGCACUGGUUGCACCACCUGCCUUGAGACUUGUGAACAGAUUUUUGGACCAGCUUCUAUUCAAUUUCCUAUCUAUUUCUCGAUCAACGUCUCUCGCAUCACUUCGACCGGCUGUUGCAGAGGUGCUGAAGCCAAAACUCGCCAAAGAGGCGAUUGCUGGUGCCGACCAGGAGUUGCACGAAUAUCUCGGUGGUGGCGAAGAAGAAGAACUUCUUGCGUUUCACAAUGGACUCGAACCGAGCGGAGACUGGGAUUUGGAGUUGGUCUGGAAGCGCACUCGACUACGAUGUAUGGUAUACUCGUCUCUUGGAGACAUGGAGGAAGAGGACGAGGAUUUCUAUACCGAGCAAGACCAGUUGGAUGGUCCUCCAGGAUCCAACAACCGAUUCUCAAACAAUCCUGGCGUUGUUUCGCCUGCAGUUGCCAUCUUCCUCACUUCCAUCUUGGAGUUCAUGGGAGAGCAAGUCUUGGUUGUCGCUGGACAAGCUGCAUACUACAGACUGAAAGUCAAGCUUGAGAAAGAAGAGAGAGACGGCACGCAAACGCCGGCAGACAUCGCUGAGCGCGUUGUGGUCGAAGAAAAUGACAUGGAGCGCGUUGCACUGGACAGAACUUUGGGCCGAUUAUGGCGAGGCUGGAAGAAGCGAAUACGAUCCCCUACGACCUCAGUUUCGAUGUCUCACUCGUUUUCACGAGAGUCAUUGAAGUCUCAACUCCAAAGUAGCAGGGCUGCAAGCGUUGGGCCUGAGGAUCCGAUCCCCGAGGACCUACGACGUCCAUCACUAGCUGCAGUAUUGGCUGAACAUGAACAUGCUGCUUCAAUUCCCCUUCCUAUCAACGCCAAUGAUAUUAGAGAAAUUGAGAUUCCUGGACUUGCUCGCCAGAGUGACGACGAGGACGAAGAAUCGUCUAAUGACGAGGAAGAGCUUCAGCUUCCACCACGGCCUAGGAGCAUGAUGAUCUUUGUUGGCUCCUUGCCUUCGCCCACUUCGCCCACUUCUCCGAAAACCGAGCGACCACUAUCCUCGAUUUCCGGGUCAAGGAAACGUUCGAACUCUUUACCUUCGUCUACUCCAUUGCCGUUCAGGUAUUCGAAGCGCCAGAAGCCGUCCGUCGAAGAAGUUGAAGUAGAACAGCCCUCAGUUGACGCAGAAACCGCUGCAGUAGAUUCUACAGAACCAAACAACUCCACAGUCGAAAAGGAGAACUUGGAAGAGCCUGUCAAGGCCGAAUCAAACUCGGGAACUGGGAAGAUUGUCGGACUAGUUGCAGGUGCUGCUGCUGCAGGGGCUACAGCUGUCGCAGGAAUCGUGGCUGCUGCGAAGGGCGAAGCACCACAGACCUUCCUCGUUACUGACGAACCCGAGUUCGAGGAAGACUUCACUGAAGAACCUCAGAUCUUGACAUCUUCUCGUGUUUCCAUUGGUGGCCGUGCUUCUCCAGAUGAGAGCAAGGAGUAUUCCUCGAAACACUCGAGCGUCCGAUCUCCCAGCGUGCAUUCUCUCCGCCUGAUCGAUGUCACUUCGCCAAGAAGUCCUACUAGAUCACGAGAAGGUUCUCUCGGUGCAGCAGAUAUGGGUCGACCCACUGUUGUUUCUCGACCAAACAGUGUUUACUCUGCAAUUCAAACUCCUCGAAUGACCAGCCCAGUCUCACGAGGUCAUACUGCCAGUCCAAUCGACCGUCAUGGAUCAUCUCACAGUGUAAGACGUGCCAGGAACAGUGCUGGAGAUUCAAUCUCAGAAGUCGAGGAGAGAGAUAUCGAACUCAACCCUUCAAUGCCGAUUCCAGUCGAGUCGCUCAUAGAAUCUCAUUCGGCUCCAUUUGUGACCACUUAUGAGCCAUCACAGCCAGCACCGUUCAUCCUCGAUGCUGCACCUAUCUCUCGAACAGCACGAGAAGUUACCAGCUAUCCACGCGUUGAUUCGCCGAAGGAGAAUCCGGCUUUCAACUCGGCUGUCGAUGUUGAGAAUGGAGCCCCUCCACUGACCCCAUUGCGGGAAAUGAUGGAUGGAGCUCGGGGUACUUCCGAUGAGUACAGCUCGAUUGCACCUAGUGCCUACAGUGCCGCCGACACUUACUCCCAGCCAGCUGUGGAACCACAAUCUCAAACUCGUGCUCAAGCUACACGGUCGUCCCCACCUCGUUCAAUCGCAGCGGAACAUAUCGCGAAGGGCCAGCGAUCAAUCCAUACCUCAGGAUCUGGGUCAUCCUCAGGCUCUUACAAAUUGAAGCCAGUUCGUACUUCCGAAGAUAGUGGCACAAGAACUGUGGAACGUAAAGGACAGAGUUUUGAGCAGCUCAUUCGAAGUGAUCAAACCAUUCAGUAUACCCUGACUCCACAGAACAUGCGUGAUAUUGAGUCUCCCGAUUCACCACGCUACAUUACUCCACCCACGAUUCCUGACGCAAGACCUAUGACGGGCCGAUCCCAUUCAUCCUCUGUCAGUAAGCAAAAUGGACUGAACUCCAAUCCACCCAUGGAGGUGGCAAGAUCUGUCAAAUCGGCGAAGUCAUUCAAACCUGUCGCAAGACCUCAAACAAACAAUACGGGAGCAAGACUGCGGCCGAAUGCUCCACAGGCUCGUGACGCUCGGAUUGACCGAGAUUCAAUUGGUGAUUUCGCCGAAUUUAUCAGAAGCACAGGCCCUGCCAACUCUUACGAGCCUGUACCAAUCAGAAGCGCUUCUACGAAUCGCAGUACAAAUGGCGCUCCGCGAAACUUCAGCUCAGGAGGACCUCCACGAGUUGGUACUGCAACUUCAGUGCCAAAGCGUUCCCAAUCCUCGGCAGGUCGCAGCAGGCUCCAAGCUCGUGAUGCUGUUGUACCACGUGGUGACAGCGUCAGUGAUCUAAUCGACUUUGUCAGAUCUGGUCCCCAAUUGGAAAAGCAAGAUCACCGAAUUCCGCGUACCGUCGCGCCAUUUCGCAGUACAAUGGAUUCGGAUCAAAUGACUGGUGCUGUAGGGGGCAAAGCUGUCGAUGCUAACAUCCCAGACGUCCGAUUCAGCAAUACUGCUUCGGUCACCAGCUCUGUGACAUCGCAGAGCGCCUUACUUAACGGAUCCAGGAACAAACCACUGCCAACUCAGACUCGGAAUGAUUUUGAAGAAGAGGAUAUGAUGCCCAAGCGCAAGACUCGCCGAGUUCGUGAUCCUUACGCCAUCGACUUUUCUGACGAGGAAGACGACGACCUGUUUCCGUCCAGACCACCACCGAUCAAGGAGGAGAGUUUGGCAGAGUUCUUGAGAAACGCCCCGCCGCCACCUCCUGAUCCAGUCCGUACAAAUUCCGCGCUUGAUGAUGUACCUAGACCCGGAAGCAAGAAGAUGAAGAAGAAGCCCAGCUCAGGUAGCCUCAUGUCACGAUUUGGUCGUAAUGGCUCCACUUCCGGCCCAUCCCUUCCCCCAAAAACACAAUCUAACGGCAUUGAUUCUUCCGUUCCGGGACCUCGUAAGACUCCUCUCUACACUCCGAUCGCGGCAAAAUACAGUACGACCACUCCGUCAUAUGAGCAGCCUCGAAAUGCCAACUACGUCUCACAACUCGAUACUGCCCGAAAUAAUGAUGCCGGCCGAAGAAGAGUUGUUCAAAAGAGCUACCAACCACGAGAGGCAGUCUAUGCUUCAACUCGAACCAGCGAUCUUGCCGACUUCCUCCUCAGCAGCGAACCUCCCAGCAGCAUGCAAACCCAGCCUCAAACCUUCGCACCAGCCCUUCCAAAAGACGAAGCAAAUGCUUUCCAGCGGAUGUUUGGUCGCAAGAAGGCGCAUUAAAGCACUCUCACCUCUUCACGACCUUUUCUCAAUGCUUUCACUUCAUUUUCCAAAAUUGGGAGGAUAUUAUCUUGUUUAUACCACCUACACUUCUUGACGCUGCUGCAAAAAUUAUCCUCUUCAUGCAACCGGCCGCUGUCAGAUGUUUGAUUAUGUAUCCGUUUUUAUUGCAUCUUUGAUAUUUAGAUACCAGAUGAUAAUGCUUUACGCAUUUCAUUUCUUGAUGACUUCGUAGGACAACCCAUCCUCUGUUUGUAUGUUUGUGUUUGUAUAGGGUUGAGGAUACCUAGCCUCUCGAGACUUUUUCAUGGAUUACAUCUCCUAGGUUUUUUUCGUUCGAUGACUGGAUGGGCCACUAGGAUGGGACGAAAGGGGAUUACGAUAAGAUAGGGCCUACUUUAUUCUUCUCUUCGGUGCGGAGAGAUGAGAUAAUAUAGCCAAAAUCGAUAACUUUAUACUGUAUGGUCAUGUCAAUUUCAAACUUAUGAUGACUCG